AUGGCUACGUUUGAUUUGGAAGCAUUUGUGGCUGAGCCAACGCACGUGGCGUUGGAGUUGUGUAGAAAAGUAGAUUUGCUGGAGAUAGCUCGACACUAUGCAAUCCCUGUGUCUCCUGCGUUACGCGUGGGUGAGUUGAGGGAGGCUAUACUGGCAGAGUUGGUGGCCAACGGGGUUGUGGUAUUGCCUGUGUCGAGUGAUCCAGUGGCAGGAGCGGCAGUGGGAGAUGCAGUGGUGUCCCCAGUGCGUCCUGGAGUAGAGCGCGUGGAGCAGCCGCAGCUGGGCUCUCCCGCGGCGCUGUUUGAGGAGGCUGAGGAGAAGUCUCCUGGUUUAGGGUUGCGCUCCCCUCGCGAUGCACGCGUGGAUGUGCGCAUUGCUCGUCUGAAGCACGAGAGGGAAAAAGAGGAGCGAGAGUUUCACUUGAAACGUGAAAUUGAGUUGAGGCGUAUAGAGUUCCCCAUCGAUGGGGUGGAGUUCAUCAUGGGGAAUGACCUUGCAGGUGGCAAAGUGUACCCCUCCCCUGAGGUUGUUACUCGCCCUAUCCUGAGCUCUGAUGUGGAUGAGCUGGCUGAGAAACACCCUGACGUGUUUUCUGUGAGCGUUCUGACCCGCGCUCAGUCUAAAAUGGCGAGAGAGCAAAUGGACUGCUCUCAGCUCGUGCUGGUUCUCAAACUGGGAGACCUGGCUGUCGAGACUUCUGCUUUUGGACUGAGAGACUCCACCAGACCCAGAGCUGACCCCAGAUCAGUGAGAAACCCUCAGAGAUCCUUCAGUGUGACAGACAGAGGUCAGAGAAGCCGUAAAUAA